CGGGCAGUUUGAUGCUUAUCUCCCUUAGCAAUCGUAGAAAUAUACGUCACGUGACUUAUUCAAGAUGGCAGCGACCAAGCGGCUAACGAAGGAACUUGGGGACUUGAGGAAGAGUGAUGUAAAAUAUUUCAGAAAUAUAACUGUGGAUGAGUCAAACAUCUUGUAUUGGCAAGGUCUUUUAGUACCAGAACAGCCUCCAUAUAAUAAAGGAGCAUUUAGGAUAGAAAUAGUAUUCCCUGCAGAGUAUCCAUUUAAACCACCCAAAGUAACAUUUAAGACAAAGAUUUAUCACCCAAACAUUGAUGAAAAAGGACAAGUUUGUUUACCAAUUAUAAGUCCCGAGAAUUGGAAGCCAGCAACUAAAACAGAUCAGGUUAUACAAUCAUUAAUAGACUUAGUUCACAAUCCUGAGCCUGAACACCCACUCAGGGCAGAUGUUGCAGAGGAGUUCACAAAAAACAAUGCCAAAUUUAUGAAAAAUGCAGAGGAGUUCACAAAGAAACAUGCAGAAAAACGUCCAUAUGAUUAAUAAUGUGAAAAGUUAUUAAUAGAAGAUGGGAGACCAGUGUUGUUCAUAGAAAGAAGAAGGCUGGGAGAAGAAAUGUUAUGAAAGUGAACAUUUUGCCUUUGAGUUCCCUUUAAAAAGGAUUGAUAUAUAUAUAUUUUAAUGCAAAAAACUGUUUCUUUAAGAAAUAUUCGUAUGUUCUUCAUGUUAGCUUAUAAUAAUAAUUCUGUAUUUAAUUAAGGUCCUUAUGGAAAAGUUGGUUUGCUUAUAAGAGUGGGUUUUUUUCCAGUCAUUGCUAAGUGAGCAAUGUAAACUUCAGUAUUCUGAAAAUUCCCUUUGCAAUAAUAUGUACAUGGAUA